AAUUGUCAUCAAUAUCAUCAUCAUGCAUCCUCAGGAGCGCCUCCGAUACGAGGCCAUCGUCAACGACUACUACCGUAACGCCGCUCCUAGAAACACCGACGAUGGAUGGCUGCUUCUCCCUGAAGUGCCAGACACUCAGGAGAUGUUGCGCCCUCUAGUCAGUGACGACUUACGCGUGCCCCACAAUCAGAUUGACGGCAAUUGGCCGUCCAAGUAUGACCAUCUCACCGCGCAGUACGAAUUCCUCCGCGAGGAAUCAACCUUUGCCCUCCGGCGCGCCAUAGGCCUGAUGCGUGAGCAUCCCCAUCUCUCAGAACUGGACCACAGAGACAUCUCACCCGGCAUCGGAAUCUAUGAAAAGGCAUUCGCUGUAGGCAUCAUCCUCUGCAGACGCGGUCUGGGCGUGAGAAUGUGUUUCUCCACCUUCCGCGCUGGAGUCAAGAUUGACUGGAUCACUUCCAAGCGCCUCACCACAGGCUCACUUGUUGCUCUGUCCCCUGCCUCGGACAAGUUCCAGAGGAAGAUCACCAUCGCAGUCGUCGGUGCUAGGACUCAGGAGCUUCUCAACCAAACCCCUCCAAAGGUUGAACUGUUCUUCCCUCGCCCUGAGGAGACUAUCUUCGACCCAGGCGAGGAGUAUGUCUUCCUCGAGGAAACGUCUUCCUUCUUCGAAGCCAUGCGACACAAUAUGCUUUCUUUGCAGCGGAUGACCAGGGAAGAGUCUCCACUACAGGAGUACAUCGUCUCACCUGCAGGUGUUCACACUGUUCGCGUGCCCGACUACGUGGUGCAGGACCCUCACAUGAAUCUGAGCUUUGCUACGGAUGAGGACGUCGACCAUCAAUACGACGUUGUCAAUCGCCCUAUGCCCAAAGAUGCCGCUCUGCUUGACGAAUCCCAGAUGGACGCCCUCCGUCAGAUUUUGACGAGGGAGCUCGCCUUGAUUCAAGGCCCUCCCGGAACAGGAAAAACCCACGUGUCCGUCAUGGCGCUUCGUGUUAUGCUCCACAAGAUGGAAGAGCAGAGGCAGAGAGCUGGGCCUGGUGUCAUCAUCCCUCCUCUCAUUGUCGCUUGUCAGACCAAUCACGCUCUCGAUCAGUUGCUCCGUCAUGUGGCCGAAUUUGAACCCUCAUUCAUCCGUCUUGGCGGUCGCUCUGCUGACACAGGAGUCGUCAAGAAGCGCACCCUCUUCAACGUCAUGGAGGAGCUGAAGGAAAGCAGUCCUGGAGCAGUCGUUGAUCCACCUGGCUUUCGUUUCGCGAACGCCAGCAUGGCCAGAAUGGAGAAGGAGUGGAAGUCUGCGCUUGCACCCUUCGAUGAGAGCAGACAAGAACCCGGUCCAAUGGAUGAAGACGUGUUCACCGACCAUCUCUCGCCCCAACACAUCGACUCAAUCAAGAAUUCAAAGUUCCAGAGCUCUGAUGUUACAUCUGGAAUCCCACCUAUCGUCAGAUGGCUUGGUCAAGAUGUGUCAUUGACAACUAGCAACCACAAUUGGCCUGCCGAGCAGGAGUUUGGAUUCGAAGAGUUUGAUCAGGAGGAAGAAGAGGUUGAUGAAGCCACUGCUGAGAAGGCUAGAGAGGAUGACAAAAUCGAGAUGCUUCGCGGAACCUACAUUCCUCUUCUCGAUCAUAGUGUUCUGAUGGCCAGCUCGAUCAAAACCCUUUCCGCCAAGGAAGUCAAGAAGAUUUUGACAAGCAGCAAGUUUUCGGAUCUCAACAAGCUGCCUCCUCACUUCCGCCUCGGUCUGUACCAGUACCUCGUCAAUAACGUGAAGCAGAAAGUCGUACAGAAAGCUCGCGCUCUUGCGUGCAGAUGGGCCAAGGAAGUGCAAGACCGAGACCGCGGCAACUUUACAAAGAAGCUCCAGGUCCUCGCCGAUGCCAAAGUUAUUGGUUGUACAAGCACUGGGUUUGCCAAGUAUCGUCCGAUGGUAUACGCACUCAAACCUCGCGUCGUAAUGGUCGAAGAAGCUGGAGAGUGUCUCGAAGCCAACACGAUGAGCAUGUUUCUGCCUUCUCUCCAGCAUCUCAUUCUUGUCGGCGAUCACCAGCAGCUUCGUCCUCGUGCUCAGAAACCUACUCACAACUUCAAGCACUGGGAUAUAUCUUUGUUCGAACGCCUCGCACGCAACACAGUGGACUUCAAGAUGCUUGCAAUCCAAAGACGUAUGCCUCCUGAAGUCAGACGCCUCCUCUGGCCCAUCUAUGGCGACAAGAUCACGGACCAUGAGUGCACUCUCGAUCGUCCUCCGGUCCCUGGACUGAAAGACUUCAAGACCUACCUCUUUCAUCACGAGAAUCACGAAGCUGUGGACAAGUUCAGGUCUACUUACAACCAGCGCGAAGCUCAGCUGGUCGUGGACUUCGUCAACGGUCUGAUUGGUCAUGGUGUGAAGCCGGAAAAGAUCACUGUUCUUACCUUCUACAACGGUCAGCGUCGACUUCUCACGCAAGAGCUCAAGAAGGUCGAGGGCGUGCUGUCCGGUACACGCAUCAAGGUUGUGACUGUUGACUCGUACCAGGGUGAAGAAAACGACAUCAUCGUCCUGUCACUUGUCCGCAACAACUUCAUCAAUGACGUUGGCUUCCUGAAAGUCGCCAACCGUGUCUGUGUCGCACUUUCUCGUGCUAGACAGGGCUUCUUCAUGUUUGGAAAUGUCAAAUUGCUUGAGGAGGCUGGCGGCGAUGAGUGGAAGCAGGUUGUUGCCAUUCUCAGAGGCCAGGGUCCAGUUGAGACCCAGAUCGUCACCGGAACCAGAGUCAUCAACGCCGAGUAGAAACCGCAUGGUGCCAGCAUGAUUGAUUGGUUGAUGGACAUCGGUGGUGUUCAUCUGUAAAUGCUGAUUGGCGGAAUUCAUCGUUAGACCUUUCAUUGGCAAACAUUCAUUGGUAAAACAGUUCAUGAUAAAAUUUUACAAUUUGCUAUGCAG